AUGUCUGGCCCCAUCCUAGAUGCCAAGUUUGAUCCAAGUAAUAGAUAUUUUGCCUCGGUUGUUGUAUCCCUCGAUACCCACCAAAUACAAGUGCAAUCGGUGUCGCCGUCGCAGUCGUCAUUGAAUGCAUCUUUCAAACUAGACAAAUCAAACAAAGUCACCAGUAUAAGCUGGAUAGACACGGGGCUGGCAGUCUCGUUAUUCAUAGCCGUGUGCUUGGUAAAGGGUACCAUUCUCAUCUACUCGCCUCAAACCAAUGACAUUGUGGGUGAGCUCACCACGGGAUUGUCGAAAAACGUUGCCGCUCUCGCGUUCCAUUAUUCAGCGGUAACGUCCACUGGGUGGUCGAGCGAUGUCGAUGGCAAUAUAUAUGAGUGGGAUGUCAUUUCGUAUAAGCUACUUCAGCAGUUCAAAGUGGGCGACGUUAUCGAGUCUGUUGAUGCGAUAAACCAAAUUUCCAGCUGCAUAUACCACCAAGAGCCGCAUUUGCUCUUGGGGGCUAAUUCCAUCUACUUGUGGAAUUUGAAAAACAGAAGCGUGGAGAGGACGUUCCCUGGUCACAUUCAACCUGUGAGCAGUAUAACUAACAUAAUCGCGCAGGACUUGUUCAUCACAAGCGCCAAGGGAGACCGGUUCAUCAACUUGUACUCGCUUGAUAAAACCACCACCCGUGCCAUUUUCGUCGCGUCUGCCUCGGUAGUGAGUUUGAGCUGCGGAACCAACCUGCUGGGCAAAUCGGUGUUGGCUGCCAUUAAUGAAAACGGGCAAGUUGAGGUGUUUAAUGGCUUUUUGAGCGAGGCUACUCAGCCGCCAACGUUGCCGAGUUCCAAGAAGAAGAGGAAGCAGAUGAGUGCCGUGUCGAGACCUGCUAUGGGCACGCUCAAGAUCUCGCGUCUGGAGAAUGAAAUCAAGAGUCCGCAAGAUGCAAAUAUUUUCAUCAAUGCCGUGGCGGUUGCCGAGGAUAAUUUGUUGUUUACGUGGUUGGAAAAUGCCACUAUUUCCCAUUUCGACACCUUGCGGUGGGUCGAUGAGGUUGGAAACUAUAUGAUCGAUGGAAGCAAGACGAUAUUCAAAAGCAAGGCCGAUUUGAAAAGCGUCAGUGCGGCGCAGAGCUACGGACACGAUGCUGCCGCGGCGAAACUUUAUAAUGAAAGCCAUGCUGUUGUAGCUGAUGGAACCCAUGUGCGAAAUUUAGACCGCGAGAGUGGAGACGAGAAGGAUGGAGGGGAAGAAAAUGAAGGAGAAAUGGAGGAGAGCAUGGCUGAAAAAUUGGAGAAGCUUGCCGUUAAGCAGAAACUGAAUCCGCAAAGGAAACUGAAAUUGGAGGACAACAGGAACGGGAUCUCGUUAUCCGUGAUCUUGUCGCAGUCGUUGACCAACAACGACCAAACGUUGUUGGAGACGGUGUUGCAGAAUAACGACCCGCAAACAAUCAAAAACACCAUUACGCGAUUAAACCCGUAUAUGUCGGUGAUAUUGCUUGAGAAAUUGAGCGAAAAGAUCCAGCGUCAGGCGUCGAGGUUUGACCAGUUGAAUUACUGGAUCCAGUGGAUCUUGGUCAUCCACGGGUUGACCAUUGCUAGUUUGCCCAAUUUGAAUUCAAAGUUAUUUGCGUUGCACUCGGUGUUGGCUCGUAAAGCUGACACGUUGCCCCGGUUGUUGGAGUUGAAGGGGAGGUUGAACUUGUUGUAUGAUGCUACUAGUUUAAAGAAAAUGGCUGGUGAUGGCGAAAAUGACGCUGCGGGUGAAGUAGAUGAAGAGGGAGCCGUUGAGUAUAUUGAAGAUUUGGACGAUGCGCGAUUUAACGGCGAGAUUGAAGACGUGGAGGUGGAUCUAGAUGAAGAAGGAGUAGAUGACUAUGUUGACAGCGAUGACGAUGAUGACGAAGAAGAAGAAGAAGAAAUCGGUAUCGAAGAGAGCGACGACGACGACGAUGACGAUGACGAUGACGAUGACAAUUCAGUAGACAAUCAUAGCAAUAUUGAAAUAGACUAG